AUGGAUAAUUCGAAAGUAUCAGGCAAUUAUGGACGUGGUAAUUCAGCAAAAGAUAUCUUACCAAAUUCAUUGAAUUCAUAUUCAUGUCCACUAUCACCAUCAAUAAAUAUUAAUAAUAAUUUAAAUGUAGCUAGUGGACGUGCUGCACAAGUUCUACGUCAAAUAAAACAAUCAUCUUUAUCAAAUUCAUCGAAAGAUCUUUUAGAAAAUCAAUUAUUUAUUCGUUGUACAACAACUCAAUGGUAUAAAUAUCUAGUUGAAUUUCAACCAAUAAUAACAAGUCGAACGACUCGUUUUACAAUGAUUAAUCAUCUAUCAAAAUAUCUCGGUGAUUUACAUAAAUUAUAUGAUGGUCAAUUUAUUUAUGUUUCACAUCAACUGUCAAAAGAAACUUUUAUUUUUAAUAAUACAACAAUGAAUAUACCAAAUGAAGUACGUAUACGAUAUAUUGAAACAAUUAAUAUUGAACAAAUACCAAUUGAUCUUAUUAAUGUUCUAUUUCGAUUAGCAAUUGAUCAAGGUCGAGAAUCAAUUAUCAAUUCAACAAAUCGAAAUGGUGGAUAUCGACCAAAAGUACGUCAUUGGAAUGGUAAAAUUGUACAGAUUGAACAUAAAGACGAUGGAAUAUUAUUAACUAUUGAUUUUGUACAAAAACCAUCAACAACAUGUUAUGAAGAAUUAGAACGUUUCUAUAUGUCAAAAUGUGGUGAUGAUUAUCAAGAAUCUGCUAGAAAAGAAUUAAUUAAUAAACUUGUUUUAACACGAUAUGAUAAUCGAACACAACGUAUUGAUAAUAUUGAUUUUCAACUUACACCAGCUACAUUUACAUUUAAUGAUGAUUCACAAACAACAUUAAUGGAUUAUUAUCUACAUAAAUUCGAUAUGAUAAUUAAAGAUCCUGAUCAACCAUUAAUUGUUUAUUGUCCACGACGACCUGGUGAAAAUACUGCAAAUACAGAAGUUAAUUAUCUUGUUCCAGAAUUUUGUUAUUUAACUGGUUUAUCCGAUCGUGCACAUCGAGAUGCUCGAGCACGAAAGAUACAUAAUCUUAUUCCAUUAGAUUCAGCUGGACGUCAAGCGGAAAUAUCUUAUUUUGAUGAUAUCAUUCGACGAAAUAUUGCAACAAUUAAAUAUCUUGCUUUAUGGGGUAUUGAUAUUGUUUCAACGAAUAUUCCAAUACAUUCAUCCAUAGACGAAUCAUAUCGAAAAAUAUCUUAUAAUGAUACAGUACUUGAAGAUGAUGAAGAAAAUGAACAAAAAGAUAUGCAAGAUAAUGAUCAUUCUUAUGGACAUUUUAUUAAUCCGAUUGAACUCAAUAAUUGGUUAUUAAUUUAUCCAAAGCUUGACGAAGAUCGAGCAUCAAUCUAUGUCAAUAUGCUUCGACAAGUAGGUCAACAACAAGGAAUGCUUAUUAGUGAGCCAAUUCAUGUAAAAAUGGAUGAUGAUGAAACAGAAACAUAUGCAAAUACACUUCGUUGUAAUCUCAAUGAACAAAUACAACUUGUAUCAGUCAUUGUUAAAUCACGUCGAAUUGAUCGUUAUAAUACAAUUAAACGUAUCUGUUGUAUUGAAAUACCAACUCCGACUGAAAUUGUUUUAAGAAGUACAAUUGCUGAUGACGAUAUUCUACCAGGUGUUGCAUUGAAUAUUGCUCGAGAUAUUAAUUUUAAACUUGGUGGACAAAUUCGAGCAAAUAAUAUUAAUAUACCAAAUAUAAUGAUGAUUGGUUUAGCUACAUGGACAUCGACACAUGUAAAUUAUAAAUCAUCAGAACAUCUUGAUUAUGUUUUGGCUAUUGUUGGUUCAUUGAAUCAUAAAAUGACAGAAUAUUUUAGUCAUGCAAAAUCAUAUAAAAAUGAAAAUGAUCUUCGAUAUGAUAUUGGACUUUUUGUUCGAUUAGCAAUUGAUGCAUAUUAUGAAGAAAAUAAAAUUUAUCCAACAACAAUUAUUAUUGGACGAAAUGUUUUAUCAUCAUUUGAUGAUUUAAAUAUAAUUAAAGAAAAUGAAAUUCAAUCAAUUAUUGAUAUGAUUACACAUAAUAAUAUUAUAGAAGAUUAUAAACCACGAUUAAUUAUAUAUGCAUUUAUGAAACAAAUGAUUUAUGAUUUUUAUAAAUAUGUUCAGGUCAAAAAAAUUGCUAAUGUUGAUUGUUUAAUUGCAAAAGAUUCACCAAAUUAUUGUUUCUAUUUAUCAUCACAUCGUGAUCAUUGUUCAACAUUAAAGGCUCGUCAAUUUCUUGUUCUAUUUGAUAAUACUGAUUUAUCAGCACAAAAAAUUCAACGACUUAUACUUUAUUUAACAUUACAUAUUCCACAACGUAAUCAAUUUUUUUUGCCAUCAGUUUGUCGAUUUGCUCAACGUCUUUCAUCGUUGGUUGGUGAAACUCUUGGUGAUUUACCAAAUUUUUCACAAUAUAAAAAUUUAUUCUAUCUUUAA